AUGGGGCUUACUGGGGAAUUUGGAAAGGUUGGCUCAAAAAUCUACUGGACAUACACUCAUGAUGGAAAGGUAAAGAAAGCAAAACAGUUGAUUGAAGCCAUAGAGGAGGAAAAAAAAUUAAUCAAAUUGAGGGUGCUUGAAGGAGAUUUGAUGGAGGAGUACAAGGACUUCACUGUAACUAUUCAUGCUGAAACCAAAGGUAACAUAGACAUGAUCUCUUGGACUUUGGAGUAUGAGAUGCGGAAUGAAGAUGUUUCACAUCCUAUUUCUUUUCUGGCUUACUUCAUUGAAAUCACUAAAGAAAUUGAGGCUAAUCAUGAUAUAUAA